CAACAACUGUAUUCUGCGAGGCUGACAACAUCGCCUAACAUCACACUUCUUUGCACCACCCUGCUCAACGUCGCACUACUCAACAUUGCACUGCUUACUAUCCCGCGACUCAUCAUUCAACUAUGACAUCGCUUUUAUCUCUCCCGCCAGAGCUUCGUGUGAUUGUCUUCAAUCUUUUGGUCAAGGAUGCUAUCAACGAUCAAAGACAUGUCGUUGCUCGCCCUGAUGCCGUCGAAGCUGCUCAGGGUACUGUGCCUCUGUUCUACAAGCGUGAGAAGUGCGUUUGGCAUCAAACCAGUGGCGCAUGCGAGUUCAAGAAAGUCCCCUACGAAAGCCCUUCUUGUCAGUACAUCUGUAUGGAUGCGUUGUUCAGUCUUGCCAUGACCAACAAACUUCUCUAUGCAGAGGUCGCUCCGAUAAUCUGGGGCAACGCAAACUACACCGUUCGUGGAUCUCCUACUGCCAUGCUCACUACGAUGGAGGCUCACUUGGGCGUCCUUGGCUCCACUGCUAUUGCCAACAUCAACCAUAUCAACCUCAUUCUGUUCGCCGACGUCACUCACGUAAGCGCUCGAAACGGUGCCAGAGAGGUCAGACAAGUCACCAAGCUCAUUAGCGACCACCUCCCAAAUCUCAGAAAGAUGUCAGUCAGUGUCUCCAACAACCAUGAUCUGUUUGAACCCUUCAAUGGCGCUGUUGCGCCGAGUCUCGCAGUAAUCGAGCCACUGGGGCUCAUUUCCUCGCGCGUUGAUUUCACUUUUAACUCACAUUCAUACAACACAUCGACAUUACAAUGGCUGCAUUAUUCCAAAGCCCCCAACUACUACACCCAAACUAUCAUCAACAUGAUGCAAUCGUUGCGACUCACAAUGCAACGUUGCCGUGCUCGAGCAAACCAGAGACGAAAGGGUCGACUUGUUGACCACCUGCUCGAGUCCCUGGAGGCGACCAUUGACUUGCGUCGUUCAACGUUCGACUGUUCCAAAUUUCAGAACUGCGAGUGA